AUGAAUAGGUUAUGCAAAAACUCUCGCUUCACAGCUUUUGAUCUCAUUUUUGAAUACAGCAACAUUCCUCCCGCUCAAUGGAUGUUCUAUGAUGUAAUUUUGGAAUGCUUGAUGUUUAUACUGUACCCUCUCAUUCGAACAGGGACUUUCUUGUCGCACAGUGCGCCUGUUGCCAUUUUCCAUUUCAUCCAUGCCGCAUCAACACGUGCUCGACCUUCUUCAUCAAUGUUGCCUGUGGAAGUCACUUUGGAUCCAAGGGAAUGGCCUGCUUAUUCCAGCAGCACAUCGUACAACGCUGGUAGGCUUCGCAUAAAGCAGCUUCGUCUACCGCACAUAUUGUUCUGGUACUUUAUGCGACCUCAUGGACAUCCAUAA